UAUGAGAAAAUGUUCGGAAAUUAAUACCUAUGAUAAUUAAUUUGAAUGGACAGAAAAAUAGUCAUAACAAUAGCAAGAUAAAAUUGGAGAGAACAAAUAACAGAGUUCUUUUUUGGUUGUCCCCAAUGGACUAGGAGAUUAAUAGCAAAGACAAAAUACAAAGAAGCAAUCCUAUAUGGGUAUGAAUGAAUGAUUUUAGGUUCUUAAUCUUCAAAUGCGGUGAAGUAUGUGCCUUCCUUCUAGGAGGCUAUAUCGAUCUAGGCUAAACCAGCUCCCCAAAAGAUUAUUGCUAGUCAACCUCAUAUUGAAGUGUUGAAAUAGAUUGAGACCAUUGAUUUUGAUGAUAUUGAAGAAAAUAUGGAGAACCAAUAGACCUUGGAAGAGAAGUAUUUGAAGUUGGAAGAUUUGGACGCCAAGUUUAAGGAAGGAGGGAACAACAAAUCUUAUUCAGCUAUUCACGUAUUUGAGAAUUGA